CGCGAGGGGCCGGUGGCUUCCGAGCCGCAGAGAGCUGGGCCACGGCUCCGCUGUCGCUCCGACUCCCGACUGCUCUGCCCAGGGAAACGGAAGGGUCGAGAGGCAGGCGCCCCCGCAGCGCAGAGGCCGCGGUUUGGGGUUUUCCGAGGGGCCUGGGGGCGCUGGAGCGUCCUGCCCCCAGGCUCGCCGCGGUGAAAUCCAGAGGACCCGAUCUGUGGGCCCUGCAGUGCGAGCCGGGCGCGCGGAGCUGACGUUCUGCCGCUCCUCGUUGUACAUUUCUUUGCUUUGCUCCCUGCCAGCACCUAGGCCUCAGACAUGUAUCCAGUGGAGAACCCUCUUGACUAUGGGAAACUCUUGUCUAGUGACGUGACUCAUUACAUGAUCCCAGAUUGGAAAGUCGUUCAAGAUUACCUCGAGAUCCUUGAGUUUCCUGAAUUGAAGGGAAUUAUUUUCAUGCAAACGGCUUGUCAAGCUGUGCAGCAUCAAAGAGGCCGGAGACAGUAUAACAAAUUGCGAAAUCUCCUGAAGGAUGCGCGUCAUGAUUGUGUUCUCUUCGCUAAUGAAUUCCAGCAGUCCUGCUAUCUCCCUCGGGAAAGAGGGGAGUCCAUGGAGAAGUGGCAGAGCAGGAGCAUCUACAAUGCAGCCACUUGGUACUAUCACCACUGCCAAGACAGGAUGCCAAUCAUUAUGGUGACAGAAGAUGAAGAGGCAAUUCAGCAGUAUGGAAGUGAAACGGAAGGAGUGUUUGUGAUUUCCUUCAAGAAUUACCUGGACAAUUUUUGGCCUGAUUUAAAGGCCGCCCACGAGCUUUGUGAGUCUAUCCUUCAGUCUCGACGAGAAAGAGAGAAUGAGAGUCAGGAGAGCCACGGGAAGGAGUACCCAGAACAUCUACCCCUGGAAGUGUUAGAAGCCGGCAUUAAGUCUGGGCGCUACAUCCAGGGAACUCUGAACGUCAACAAACACAGAGCACAAAUAGAAGCUUUUGUUCGACUUCAGGGAGCCAGCAGUAAAGACUCAGGCCUAGUCAGUGACAUCCUAAUCCACGGGACAAAGACUCGAAACCGCUCUAUUCACGGGGAUGUGGUAGUUGUCGAACUGCUCCCUAAAAAUGAAUGGAAAGGAAGAACUACCGCCCUGGGUGAGAAUGACGGCGAGUCCCCGAGUGAGCCCAUGCCCACAGGCAGAGUGGUGGGUAUCCUUCAGAAGAACUGGCGGGAUUAUGUGGUGACAUUUCCAUCCAAAGAAGAGGUCCAAUCGCAGGGCAAAAAUGCUCGGAAAAUCCUAGUUACACCUUGGGAUUACAGAAUUCCCAAAAUCCUAAUUAGCACUCAGCAAGCAGAAGCCCUCCAGGACUUCAGGGUGGUUGUGCGCAUUGAUUCCUGGGAGUCGACAUCCAUGUAUCCAAGUGGACAUUUUGUGCGUGUUUUAGGAAGAAUCGGAGAUCUGGAAGGGGAAAUUGCAACCAUCCUGGUGGAGAACAGCAUUUCAGUUGUCCCCUUCUCAGAAGCUCAGAUGUGUGAGAUGCCAGUAAACACAACCGAAAAUCCUUGGAAGGUGAGUUCCGAAGAGGAACGAGAGCGUAAGGACCUUAGGAAAAGCCAUCUGGUAUUCAGCAUUGACCCCAGAGGUUGUGAAGAUGUGGACGACACCCUCUCUGUCAGAGCCUUGGAUAACGGCAACCUAGAGCUCGGGGUCCACAUCGCAGACGUGACACACUUUGUGGCAUCGCAUUCUUAUAUUGAUAUUGAAGCUAGAACAAGGGCCACCACUUAUUACUUAGCGGACCGUCGCUAUGACAUGCUGCCCUCCAUCCUCAGCGCUGACGUGUGCUCCCUCCUGGGAGGCGUUGAUAGGUAUGCUGUAAGCAUCAUGUGGGAAUUGGAUAAAACGUCCUAUGAAAUUAAGAAAGUAUGGUACGGCAGAACCAUUAUUCGAUCAGCAUACAAACUGUUUUAUGAAGCAGCCCAAGAAUUACUGGACGGAAACGUCGACAUUGUUGAUGAUAUUCCAGAAUUCAGGGACCUGGAUGAGAAGAGCCGACAAGCCAAGCUAGAGGAGUUACUGUGGGCAAUAGGAAAGUUGACGGACAUAGCCCGCCACAUCCGAGCCAAACGAGACCAAUGCGGAGCCCUGGAGCUGGAAGGGGUAGAGGUUCGCGUCCAGCUUGACGAGAAGAAGAACAUUCACGACCUCAUCCCCAAGCAGCCCCUGGAAGUCCAUGAGACGGUAGCUGAAUGCAUGAUCCUGGCCAACCACUGGGUAGCCAAGAAGAUCUGCGAGAGCUUCCCUCACCAGGCCUUGCUGCGCCGGCACCCUCCUCCACACCAGGAGUUUUUUUCUGAACUCCGAGAAUGUGCUAAAGCAAAGGGCUUCUUCAUAGAUACACGGUCCAAUAAAGCACUGGCUGAUUCUCUGGAUAAUGCAAAUGACCCCAAUGAUCCCAUUGUCAACUGGUUGCUUCGAUCAAUGGCUACACAAGCCAUGUCUAAUGCACUGUAUUUCUCCACUGGAUCAUGUGCCGAGGAAGAGUUCCAUCACUAUGGUCUAGCAUUAGAUAAAUAUACUCACUUUACCUCUCCAAUAAGAAGAUACUCAGAUAUUAUAGUACACCGACUGUUAUUGGCAGCCAUUUCAAAAGAUAAGAAAAUGGAAAUUAAGGAAAAUUUGUUCAGCAACAAAGAUCUUGAGGAAUUAUGCAGACAUAUCAACAACAGAAACCGAGCAGCACAGCAUUCUCAGAAGCAGUCUACAGAGCUCUUCCAGUGCAUGUAUUUUAAAGACAAAGACCCAGAAACUGAGGAGCGUUGCAUAUCUGAUGGGGUUAUUUAUUCAAUUAGGACAAACGGUGUGCUUGUGUUUAUACCAAGGUUUGGGAUUAAAAGUGCUGCUUAUCUAAAAAAUAAAGAUGGUUUGGUGAUCUCAUGCAGCCCAGAUGGCCAUUCUGAAUGGAAACCAGGAUCCCUUCAACGAUUUCAAAACAAAAUCACCUCUACCACGACAGGAGGGGAAUCUGUUACGUUCCAUUUGUUUGACCACGUAACAGUGAGAAUAUCUGUACAGGCCUCACGUUGCCAUUCUGAUACAAUAAGGCUUGAAAUAAUAAGCAACAAACCAUACAUGAUGCCAGAUACAGAACUUUUUCAGCAGAGUUCCCUCUUGCUAAAGAGUGAUUUAGUGAAAGAAGUAGCUAGAUCUAUGGAGGAAGCUCAGCUUGCUCAAGAAGUCCAAGUAAAUGUCAUCGAGAAAGAUUAUCAAAAAUAUUGCCAAACAAAGGGAAGAAGCCUGUACACACUUCUAGAGGAAAUAAGAGACCUAGCUCUCCUGGAUGUUUCCAACAGUUAUGGAAUAUGAAACUCUUCUUACUUCAUUAAAAGACCUUUGUCUUACGUGAAUGUUUUACCUUCUUUUAAACAUUAAGAUAUAAUUUUCGGCGUCACCCAAUGUCACCCAAUCCCUGAAUGGGAUUGGGUAGAUAUAUCAGAUAUUUGUGAAAUGUUUUCUUAUCAUUAAUUUAAGUUGCAUUAAAUAAAGUACAGUUAGGUCACUAUGGAAAGUGGUUUUUCAGAGGUAAGUAGAUACUGAAUCCUGGCUCUGCAAAUCAUGUUGCUGGUCUUGUUAAUAAACCCAGAA